AUGAUUAGCAGCAAAUCCAUCUUGUUCUCAUCUGCCAUGAGUGGUACAGCAACGCCGCACCGAUUGCGGAUCGGAAUGGCGCUGAUUGCUUUGGUCUGUGUCUGGUCGCAGAUGCAUUCCGUCCUUAAAUUUGGAAGAGACAACGAUUGCGGUCUAGUAGUAGAGGACGAUUGCGACAUGAUGGACGGUUCCCGGCUCCGAACAACAACGAGUCACAAGCAAGAGCCACGGAACCUCAAGACACCCAAAGUGUUGCCCCGACAAGACAUGUUGGCCCGGGCUCAAGCCAAGCAGAAACAACAGCAACAAGAACAACAACUAAAACCAGCCAAGCAAGUUGAACAAGACGACGAUGACAGCGACGACAGCGACGACGAAGAAGAGCAAGCAAAAGGUGAACAAACACAGGAACAACAACCACAACAACAACGAUCUCAGAAGUUGUACCCGCACAAGGUCUUGACACCGGAAAUGUUGGCAAAAGAGGCCAAACAACGACAAAUGGCCCAAGACGAAGCCAAAAAGAAUCCACGCAAACGACCACCCAAAUUCCUCAACAAGGUGGGAGUAGAAAGUGAACCGGAACAUGCCACACCCACACCCCAAUUCUUCAAUCAACUGGCCGCCAGCAAUGAUACAUCCAUCCGUCCUUGGGGAUGCACCCCCCGGAAUGAAACACCCUUUAUCUUUGUGCACAUUGGAAAGGCUGGUGGAGGUGGUGUUAGAUCACGGAUGGCAGCAGCAGCCUUGGAAUACAACCGCACUGGAUGGCAUCGCACCCAUCAAGAUCCAAACUACUAUUAUCCUGUCUAUGAUGAGUUUGGGGACAUGCACAAAGGAAAAUUCUGGUCAUCCACUUACCCCAGUUGGAUUCCACAAUCAUUGCCACAGUUCCAUGGUGAGUUUCAGUAUGAGGGAUUUGGAUUUUGUGGUGCCACCACACCACUUGGAUCUGCCAUUGCCUGUCCCAAUGAACAGGUCCCUGAGUUUUGCAAGGACUAUGACAAUGAUACCGUCAGUGAGACUCGUUGUGAUCUGGUCUAUGUGGGGCACAAUGUGUUGGGGAGUGAAAUGCACUGGUUGCCAACCUCCUAUCUGGUCAAUUGGUGGAACCACUCACUAUGGGGACAAGACCGAGAGAGCCACUUUGUGACACAAUUAUUGGAAGAAAGGAAUCUUCAGGUUGUCAAGAAGUGGCAUGUACCCAACAAAGUCAAGGAGAUUGUGGGUGGAGAAAGAAAACUUCCAAAGAUUAACUGCGAGAAAGGUCCCUACCACUACCGCGACUUGAGACGAAAUUACAAACGAUGCUUUCAACCCAAAGAAGCAGUGGUGGAUAAAGUCUACCAUCACAUUAUGGGCCAUGAUGAUCCAAUGCAGGCAGCUCGUCUUACGGCCAGUCUCCCACUUAUGCGAGUCACAGUGCUGAGAGAGCCAUUUACAUGGCUGCUCUCCAAAUUCUUUUGGCACCCGCAGCAUUGGUCACGAAACAACACUGAGGUGGUCCCAGAUAAAGGCCUAGGGAGCAACAAUCAGCGCAAGAGAAUAGACAAAGAAAAAGGGCGUGUCACUCCCCCAUUUGUCAAAUGUGAUGAUUUGGAGGAAGCAGCCGGAUGGGUAGAGAAUCGUGCCAUGUCCUACCUGUUCUACCUAUGUGGAGAACACUGCAUGGGUGCCUGGGCAACUGGGACACUUUCCAUGGAAGAUUUGGAACGACAAGGUGCCUACAAUCUAAGAAAUUCUUUUGCUGUGGUAGGUUUGCUUCAUAAAACUGAUGAGUUUUAUGAAAUGGUGAAGCAUCGGGUGUUUUACAUGGACACCUCCUUGAAUCCAGAUGUUGUUGGCAAAUCACACCAAACCAGCACUAUGCCAGAAUCCAAAAGAUGCAAAAAUGUCUACAAGGAAACUGCGUUCCAGGAAGAGCUGUUGUCCAGGUCCGCAGCUUUGAGAGCCUUGAAUCGAUUGUACAAUGUUGCAGUGGAAGUCAAUGAGUUCCAGAAGCAAGAAAUGCUGCAGUGUGGCUACAAGAUUACUCCAACUCUCACCAGUGAACCAUCUCUUAAGAAAGUGAGUAGUACUUCAGCCAAGCAAGGAGAUGAAGGAGGGAAAACAGGAGAAAAACAACAAGGGCAAGCACAAGACCCGGACAAAGUCUUGACACCAGUGGCUGAAGAGGCCAGACAAAAAAGAACAGCUGAAGAGGAAUCCAAAAAGAACCAGCCAACCACACGAAAACCUCCACCACAAGUUUUGAACAAGGUUCGUGUGAAAAGUGAACCAGAGCAAACCACAGCUACCCCACAAUUCUUCAAUCAACUUGCUGCAGGCAAUGACACAUCCAUCCGUCAGUGGGGUUGUACACCGAGGAAUGAAACACCCUUCAUCUUUGUUCAUAUUGGAAAGGCUGGUGGAGGUGGUGUGCGAUCUCGUAUGGCAGCCGCAGCGUUGGAUUACAAUCGCAGUGGAUGGCAUCGUAUCCACGAGGAUCCAAACUACUAUUAUCCCGUCUACGAUGAGAAUGGGCAAAUGCACAAGGGCAAGUUCUUGGCUUCGAUUUACCCCAGUUGGUUGCCCAAAUCACUACCACAGUUCCACAGCGAAUUUGAGUAUGAGGGGUAUGGAUUCUGUGGUGCCACCACACCACUAGGAUCGGCCAUUGCCUGUCCCAAUGAACAGGUGCCUGAGUUUUGCAUGGACCAUGACAAUGAUACUGUCAGCGAGACUCGUUGUGAUCUGGUCUACAUGGGGCACAAUGUGUUGGGGAGCGAACUGCAUUGGUUACCAACCUCUUACCUUGUCAAAUGGUGGAACCAUUCCUUGUGGGCACAAGACCCAGAGAGCCAAUCAGUGGCACAAUUAUUGGAAGAUCGACAUCUUCAAGUUGUGAAGAAAUGGCAUGUACCCGACAAAGUCAAGGAGAUUGUAGGCGGAGAAAUGAAACUCCCCAAAAUUCGCUGUGAGAAAGGCCCCUAUCACUACCGCGACCUGAAACGAAAUUACAAACGAUGCUUUGAACCCAAAGAAGCAGUGGUGGAUAAAGUCUACCAUCACGUAAUGGGUCAUGAUGAUCCCAUGCAGGCAGCUCGUCUUACAGCCAGUCUUCCUGUUGUCCGUGUCACUGUCCUGCGAGAACCCUUCACCUGGCUACUAUCCAAAUUCUUUUGGCAUCCACAGCAUUGGUUAAGCAACAAUACAGUUGUGGUCCCUGAGAGUGGACCAUACCGCAACAAUCGACGCAAGGACUUGGACAAACAAAAGAACCUUACCACCCCACCAUUUGUGAAGUGUGAUGACCUGGAGGUAGCAGCCGGAUGGGUAGAGAAUCGUGCCUUGUCAUACAUGUUCUAUCUUUGCGGGGAGCAUUGCAUGGGUGCUUGGGGUGCUGGGACACUUUCUAUGGAUGAUUUGGAACGACAGAGUUCGUACAAUCUUAAGAAUUCUUUUGCUGUUGUGGGUUUGCUCCAUAAGACCGAUGAGUUUUACCAAAUGGUGAAACACCGAGUGUUUUACAUGGAUACUUCCUUGAAUCCAGAUGUUGUUGGAAAGCCUCACAAAACCAGUAAUCUGCUGGAAGCCAGAAGGUGCAAAGAUAUCUGGAAGAAUACGACAUUUCAAGAGAAUUUGCUGUCCAAGUCGCCAGCAUUGAGAGCCAUGAAUCGGUUGUACAACGUUGCAGUGGAAGUCAAUGAGUUCCAGAAGCAAGAAAUGCUUCAGUGUGGCUACGAGAUUGGCCCUGGUCUCACUAGUCCAGCAUGA